AUGUGUCCUGGUCAGUCCACCGACUCACUCCACCCUCUGACCGAAGUCCAUUCACUCACAAACACCCCAGACUGCCUCCAACCCAGCUCCUCCAGCUCCAGGCCCAGCGCCAGACCAGCCUCAGGUAACGACGUUCUGGCCAACGCACCAAGCAUUGUUAUGGGACAGAGACGGCUUUGUAACGGCAACAUAUUUACCGACACUAACAGCCAGCCUGUCAGCCCCAGCCGAAUGGUUAUUGAAUUGACUGACUCCCCUGUUUCCUCUGCGCAAGAAUUGCCCCCCGCUACCCCGCCACUGCCUCCCGUUGAUGGGAUCCUUCUCAGCGGUGGCACUGGCACCAAUGACGAAAUUUUGGUCAUUGCCUGUGGGAACUGCACGGCCUGCAACGUGGUGGAGACGGUGAAGGACUAUUACUAUGUGGUCUUCAAAGGCAGGGGCGCAGUUGGUGUUUUUCGGAGCCUGGAGGCUGCAGACCUUGUCUGUUGCUCUCCCCUCCCUUGCAUCCCUCUCUUUGCAUACCACACUUCUUGGACUCCAUUCGCACCCGCCUCUUGCAUUUCUUGGACUCUGUCUGCAAUGUCUCUAUAUCUUGUACUCCGCUCACAUCUACUUCACUCGCAUCUUCUCCAUGUUGCUUAG